UUUACAUUGAUUGCACAAGAGCGGUCAUGCAUUGUCUCCUGGUAACUACUCAGUGUUUCAAAUGCCUCGCAAACACAGCUAUUCGAGCGACUCAAGAAACUGAAUCCUAAAACGUUUAAGUUUCAUAAGUGAUUUGAGACUGCUGAUGAUAAUAACUUACAUUUAUUGGAAUGUGAAUUGGUUACAUCGUGGUACAAAACGUUGAUGAACAUGACGAGAAGUGUGAGUUAGGAAUCAGACUUGGAGUUAGAACUGAGAUUUGAUAACAUCUGCGAAUAUUAAUAACUAUAAGGAAAACGAUAAAAUAGUACCAUAGUACCGCGGUAACGAUUGAACCAGCGAAAUGAGUAAAGCACCGCGAAAGACGGGGAUACUGCGCUCGGUGAUGACGAAGACCCCUAUUCGUGAGGGGUCCAUGCGCGAGCGCACAUGGGACUCGAAAUCCGAGGUGUCUGACGUCGAGAGGCACGUCAUACAUUCUAUGCGCCAGAUGGAGAACACGUACAAACUCGAGCCAGACGAAAGCCAGAAAUUCAAACCGGGAAAAGUGGAAAAAGUCAUGAAAGACGUUCUCAGCGAGUUUUUGACCGACGUAGAGUACGACAAAACGUUGGGACAGCGCAUGAGCAAGAUGCUAGCGGAUACGAUAAAGACGCGCGUGAAGGAAUUUAAGUGGUCGCGCUACAAGCUUGUGGUACACGUGGUGAUUGGCGAGAAUCGGGAACAGGAUAUAGUAGCCGGAAGUCGCUUCUUGUGGUUGGACGAGACGGACACGUUCGCUUCGACCUCGUUCUCGACGAAAUCUCUGUUCGCACUAGCCGUGUGCUUCGGGGUGUAUUACGAGUGACCGUUGGUAAUUAGAAUUGGCAGUGUUAUUGACCUGUGAUAAGUAAUAUGAUUUACAAGCGAUGCGCAAUGUUAUUGAUUUGUGAUCAGCAAUGUGGAAGCAUUCCAACGUUGAACCAGGAGUCAUAUAAUUUGUGAAAGAUUCAAGUUGAACAACCUUAUUAAAAUUCGGCGAGUUAAUCAUUUGUUAAAGCAGGAACAUGACAUUUUGCGUAAAUGAGUUUAUCAUGAUGUGUGAAAAGCGUUAGCGUCCGCAAGGAAACCAGAAUUCUCCCAGAGGUCUAAGACCAGAUUAGUUUAGCCUUAACUUUUAAUCCAUUCUUACAAUUUAUUCUCGUUUUUAAACUUCGUUUUUUCCAAAACAUAUAUGUUGUAUUAAUUUAUAAUUUAAAUUAUUUAAGAUUAAAGAGAUUUUCAUUUUCGUGUAUAGCUUAGAACAUAUUACAUGUUGUUCUUUUUGACGUUGGGGCAAUAAAAGGCAAUACAGAGA